GCCUUAGCGAGCUCUUGGCGCAACCAUGGAGGCAGCUCUAGUGAGUGCAGCGACAGGCGCCCUGAAACCCGUUAUGAGGAAGCUGGCCGCUUUGAUGGGUGAUGAGUACAAGCAUCUCAAGGAAGUGCAAGGCGAUAUCAGGUUUGUCACGGAUGAGCUCACUGCCAUGCAUGCGUUUCUCCUCAAGAUGUCGGAGGAGGAGGAACCUGAUGAACAAGAUAAGGUAUGGAUGACAGCGGUGCGGGAGCUAUCCUAUGACAUGGAGGACUCCAUCAACGACUUCAUGCAAUGUGUUGACGAUAAAAACACUAAGAUAGAUGGCUUCAUAGAGAAAAUCAAGAACUCACUCAGAAAAUUGGGAAAGGCGAAGGAUCGGCGCCAGAUUGGCUUUGAUAUACAAGAUCUGAAGAGGCAAAUCAUUGUGGUGAGCAGUCGGAAUGAAAGGUACAAGACUCCUCAGGCUGUCCUCAAGACCAUCAACUUCUCCAACAACAAAAUUGAGGUCGUUGACCCUAGAGCUUUAGCUAUCUUUGAGCGUGCAUCAAAGCUCGUCGGAAUUGAUGAACCAAAGUCUGAACUAAUGGAACUAUUGACUGAAGAGGAUGGACGCGCAUCAACGGAACAACAACUGAAGAUGGUAUCCAUUGUCGGAUCUGGAGGAAUGGGCAAGACAACUCUUGCAAAUCAAGUAUAUCAAGAGAUCAAAGAGAAAUUCAAGUGUAAGGCUUUCGUAUCACUAUCACGAAAUCCAGACAUGAUGAAUAUCUUGAGAAUCAUUCUCAGCGAACUUAGUUGUCAAGUUUAUGCUCACACUGAAGCAGGGAGCAUCAAGGUUUUGGCUACCAGUCGAAAUUUCAAGAUUUCCCAUGGUUACCACGUAUUUCCGUGCCCCUCGGUAAAUCGUCAUACCGAGCAAAAAAUACCAUUUUUUUGAAAUUUUUGAAUUUAAACACUCGAUUUACAGUAAGGUAUGUAGGGUCUAAUUAAUGCAAUGAAAGUUGGUUAUGGCAUGUUGGUAGCAACCUAGUUCCUGUUUUGAGAGGUCUCUGGUUUGAAUAUUCGUUCAUUUUCUUAUUUGAAUUCAAAAUUCAACUAUAAAAUUCGCUCGAAAUAUUCUCGGUAUUUGUCGGUAUUUCUCGGUAACCGUGGUAACCACAUUUAUCAGUCCC